AUGAAUAACGAACUCAAAAUUGACACCAGAAUGGGAGGACAACCAUCAUCAAUUACAAUAGAACGAGAUCAUACAGUAAUCUAUAUUGCUGACAUGGCACAUCAAGCAAUUACAUACAAGCAAUUAAAUUAACUGUCAUCAACUAAUCAACUCUAAGAAGGAGCCAAGGAUUUUGUCACUGAAUAUGAAGGAAUGCCUUUCUUGGGUCCCAAUUAAGUUAUCAUCUCGUAUGUCACCUUAAAUGCAAUAUUUUUUACAGAUUCAGGUCCUUUUGGGGAAACUAGUGUUGAAAACCCAAUUGGCUCAGUUUUCAUGGUUGACGUAGACGGUCCAGAAAUCAAGCCAACUGCCUUAGCAUACAGAUGUUUAGCCCAUCCAAGUGGUUUGGCUUUGAGUCAUGAUGAGAAGAACUUAUUUGUCAGUGAGACAUGUGAGAAUCGUAUCAUAAGGUUUGUGCUUACAAAUUCUGGGAUCUACGCAUUUAGUGUGUAUCAUUAAUUUUCAGGCAGGUUUGGACCCACAGCACUUGUAAUUUCUCAAUCGGAUUUCCUUUAUGUUGCUCGUUAUGAAUUUUCAGUAGGCAAUGAACACGAUGUGGGUUUGAUAUCCGUUUUAAAUCCUUAAGGCUAACUUUUAGAAAACAUUCUGAUUCCAGGAAGUCCAGAAAUAACAGGAAUGUGCUUUUCCAUCAUUAAACCAACUAACCUCUAUUUGACUGACAAUUCAAAUGGAUCCAAUCGGUUGAUCAAAUGUGUCAUUCCUUUGGAGGAUAAGGACGAAGAAAAGAAGAAGAAGGACAAGGACUCUUACAAGGUUAAGUGA